CGCUAUCGUCCAAGAUUUCAGCCGAAAAAGAAAACAAUCCAAAAUUGUAUAAAAAAUUUAAUGUUUCAAUUUCUUUCUCGUUCAAUCCUGUUCCUUUUCUCCUGUGUUGUCAUUUCGGCCUUCAUCCAAAAUCGAAAGUUCGCCACCCUCUUUCCGAUCCUUCAGCCAAGCCUUCAACUUUCGUCUUUCAAUAUUCAAAUUGCACUCCCGAUCCCAUUAUAUUUACCACUCCAAUAGCACCUCUUUGCAACCUCACACUCUUAUUCUUCCGUUCUCUCUACUUAAUCUUCCAAUUCCAUUAUCUUCAUGUCCUGAAAAUGCUGGAGAAAUUAUCAAGCAUCUUGGUCCUGGAAAUGGUGGAGCUAGGAGGACCUUAGGGAAUUCAUUCUUUGGAUUUGAUGGGAAUGCAUGCUAAGUUGCUAACUGUCAAAUGCUCGCUUUUCAAGUUCAGGGAAUUUCAUUCUCCCAUACCGAAUUCUAAUUAGCAUGCUAUUUUCAAUGGCCUAGCUAGAUGUGGGCUUCUUAAGUUUUUUCUUUUGGGAAGUUGAAACUAAUUUACUCGAUUUGUUUGGCUUCAAUAAUGGCACUAGCUCCUAUUCCAAAAGUGAUUCUCGGUUCAAUUGCCUUUGCGAUCUUCUGGGUGUUAGCAGUUUUCCCUGCUGUGCCUUUUCUUCCCAUAGGCAGAACUGCUGGGUCCCUUCUAGGUGCCAUGCUCAUGGUCAUCUUUCAAGUUCUAUCGCCAAAUCAAGCUUAUGCUGCCAUUGAUCUAGCAAUUCUGGGUCUUCUUUUUGGUACAAUGGUUGUGAGUAUAUAUCUUGAGAGAGCAGACAUGUUCAAGUACUUGGGGAAGUUACUGUCUUGGAAAAGUAGAGGGGCCAAGGACUUACUUUGUCGAGUCUGUCUGAUUUCUGCUAUCUCAAGUGCUCUCUUCACCAAUGAUACCUCUUGUGUUGUUUUGACUGAAUUUGUAUUGAAAGUUGCAAGGCAGCAUAAUUUGCCUCCCCAUCCAUUACUCCUGGCCCUUGCUUCAAGUGCUAAUAUUGGGUCCUCUGCAACACCAAUAGGGAAUCCCCAAAAUCUGGUAAUAGCUGUUGAGAGUGGCAUAUCAUUCGGAGAAUUCUUGAUUGGGAUUCUUCCUGCUAUGCUUUUGGGGAUUGUCGUGAAUGCUUUGAUUCUUCUGUCCAUGUUUUGGAAGGUAUUGUCUACUCAUAAGGAUGAAGAAGAUGCUGCUGAGGAAGAUGUAGCAGAAGAGGAGGUCAAUUCUCAUAGGUUUUCUCCAGCCACAAUGUCUCACUUGACAUCCUUCAGCUCUCAAGAAUCGAACUAUUUAGAAUCUGUUAGCAUCCGAAACUCUCCCCAGGUUCAGAGUCUGAGAAACCGCGGAAGCUCAAGUGAAAUUCAAUGGGUCUCUAACAACGUAGUGGAUUCUGCAAUAAACGCAAAUGGAUUAAAUGAUGAAAUGAAGGGCAUGACUUCCCAGACAAGGGAGGAAAACAGUCAUUCAAUGGCUGUUGCAGCAGCAGAUAGAUCAAGUGAUACAAAUUUUUUCGAAGGAAAUGACAUUUUAAACCCAAAAUUGAAGCGCGUAGUCUGGAAAGGUUGUGUUUACAUUAUCACAUUAGGAAUGUUAGUUGCUUUGCUUUUGGGAAUGAACAUGUCAUGGACUGCAAUUACUGCUGCACUUGCUUUGGUAGUUCUUGAUUUCAAGGAUGCUAGGCCAAGCUUAGAGAAGGUUUCAUAUUCACUUUUGAUAUUCUUCUGUGGAAUGUUUAUCACGGUAGAUGGCUUCAAUAAAACUGGAAUUCCAAGUGCUUUGUGGGAAUUGAUGGAGCCCUAUUCUAAAGUAGAUAGUGCCAGUGGAAUAGCAGUGCUUGCCAUAGUCAUAAUUAUACUUUCAAAUUUGGCCUCAAAUGUACCAACAGUUCUGUUGCUGGGAGCAAGGAUUGCAGCAUCAGCAGCUGCAAUCUCAAGUGAAGAAAAGAAGAAGGCAUGGCUCAUCUUAGCAUGGGUGAGCACGGUUGCAGGGAAUCUGUCCCUCUUAGGAUCAGCAGCGAACUUGAUAGUGUGCGAGCAAGCUCGCAGAACACCAGACCUUGCUUACAAUUUGACCUUCUUGAACCAUCUCAAGUUCGGACUCCCUUCUACUCUUGUGGUCACUGCCAUUGGUUUGACUCUCAUUAGAUGAUAGAUGUAUCGUAUAUAUGACUUUGUCUCUGUUUUGCUUCAAUAAAAAUAAAUGGAAAAAAUCAAUCUAUAGGUUCUUCUAAUUUUUCUCAA